AUGGCUAUAAUCUCUGAAACUUCCGACGACGUCUCUAACGGCGGCGAUCCAAACAAGAAUCCGCAAGAAGACGAGAAACCGAAAGAAGAAGAUCAAGAAGAAGAGAAUCUUGCUCCGAUUCUUCUACCCAUCCCGGAAGGACUCGCCGAAAGCAUCCUCUUACGCGUCCAGAGUUGUUACUACCCGAAGCUAUCUCUCUUCUCCAUAACCUUUCGUCACGUCGUCGCUUCACCGGAACUCUACCAAAGGCGCUUGCAACUCGGCCUCGCCGAACCGGUUCUUUACGCUUCGAUCCGGUUCCCUCAUGUUAGUUAUAACCCGAGCUGGUACAUUCUCAAUCGUAACGUUCCAAGAAAGAUCUCUUCCCGACUGAGUUCACUUCCUCCUAUGAGUCUCAUGAAGCCUAGAUCUGCUGUAGUCACAGUCGGAUAUGAUAUGUAUGUGAUCGGCGGAUGCGAUGAACCAAAUCAUCCCACAUCGAACGUGUACAUCAUCGACUGCAGAUUUCAUCAGUGUCGCUCGCUCCCUGGAAUGCAGAGGGCUCGCAGCUCCCCAGCCGCAGGAGUAAUCGAUAGAAAGAUUUAUGUGAUAGGAGGUUGCGAGCAGAGAGAUGAUAACUGGAUCGAGGUGUUCGAUGUAGAUACUGGGAUUUGGAGUAGUGUUGCUGGUCCAUACGAAUACAACUCUAGUAGGGUAGACGGAGGGUUUCUGACGUAUGUGGUGAUGCAAGAGAGAAUCUACAUUUUGGAUUUUCUGUGGUCUUUGGCUUACGAACCAAGACAAGGUACAUGGGAGUCAUGGGGACUUGUAAGUCCGUUGACGGUAUAUUGGCACCAGUCGUCUUGUGUGAUUGAGGGUUUGUUGUAUAGUAUUAGUCCUUUGUGUAUUACAAGACAUCUACAUGUAUCGGUGUAUAAUCCGGAUGAGUCGUUUUGGAGACCUCUGGAAGGUGUAUCUUAUUUGCCUAAGCUCAAUUAUUUUGAGUGUCAAAUGGCGAAUGUUGGUGGGAAGUUGGUGGUUUUGGCUAAAACUUCUGUUGGAUAUGGGCCUUGCCCUUUCCAAAUUAGAAGGUCCAUAAAACAAGAUAUGUCAAUUAAUGAAGCCUUUCACCCAAAAAUAGGCCCAGUACCUUCGCAGGGGUAA